AUGUCUCUCAGCAAGGAGCAAUUGAGAAAAGAAGCCAUUGCAUUCUGUCAGGCAUUCGUCGACGGAAUCUCGCCUGAAAUUAUCCUAUCUUCACACUUCUCUUCAUCACCUCGAAUCACAGAACAUGGUCCCGAGAAUCUGGAACUUCCUUUUCUAGGUAAAAAAUUCUCGGGUCGUAAAUGCCUCUCUGAUAAUCAAACAUGCGAUGAUUACUUCAACAUCCUAUCUCGAACCCUUGAGUUCCAACCCUCACCAUCUACAUUUCCUUCACCCAAAUCUUUUAUUGUCGAUGAGACGUGCGAAAUUUGGGGGAAGAAAGGUGUGGUUAGUGUUGUCGGAAGUGCCACUUUCAAAAGUUUAAAGACAGGAAGAACUUGA